AUGGCUCGGAUGACUGCAGUGGCCAUGCUGCUGCCAGGGCUGCUCGUCGCCUUCUCUCUCGGUGCUGCCAUUGCACUCAUUGCAGUAAUCAGCGUCAAGCCACUCCACAGGGAUGUCUGCCGUGCUACCAUUGUAGACGAUGCCAAUGCCACUGCCACGUGUCAGAAUGCCACGAGCGAAUCUUCUACGCAUGCCUACGCCGUCACCGCCUCUCUUCAGCAUGCUCUUGCGCUCAACGUGCCUCUUCACUCCCUCCACGACCUGGUGCGUGCUGGGUUAACCGAGGUCCCGAGUGCAAGUCAUCUACUCCUGCUGGACAUUUCAAUCUCUACUCUCAUGGCACUGCUGUGGGGGAUGGGCGUGACCCACACGCAAGUCAGAGCAUGGGUGCAUCAGCAGGGCUUGGCUGUGACGGCUGGGCUGAUGAAGCUGAAGAGUGCAACCAAGUGCCUCCUGGUAUGCCAUGCGCUACACCUUCCCCCACAGGGCCACCUUCAUCCCAACUUCAUCCCACCUUCAUCUUUUGCCGUCUGA